AUCAACGCGUUUCAGCCGCGAUUUGGGAGCGCAAAGCGUUUUCCAAGCGAGACGCGUUUUCGACGCGGGUUGCGAGCUGAAUUGCAAGUGAAAACACAGCGGACGAAGCGAUUUCCGCGCUUGACGCGAGUUCGACGCGAUUUGCAAGCGUGUGCUGUGUUCCGGCCUUAAGAGUGUAGUUUCGAGUCGCAGUCGCAGGGUACGCAGUCUCUCGAUGCAGGGUACGCGGCCUCCUCGCUGGUCGCCCUGCUGUUGGCAGUGCCGUUCUGUCUGCGUAUCCUGGUACACGGCGAGGCUCGCUCGUGGAGCCACUACGGAGCAGCCCUGUACUUCGCGAGACUGGAGCUCUACCUCGGCAACGGGUUCAUCGGCCUGUCGGUGCUGAUGCUCGUCGCGCUGACCACCGAGCGCUACAUCAGCGUCUGCCAUCCGGUGCGCGCGCACAACCAGACCAACGAGGGCCGGCGGGCGCGCAUCACGCUGGCCGUGCUGCCCGUCUGUACCUUCAUCAUGUUCUCGCCGUACACGCUGCGGACCAGUGUGGUGGCCUGCGCCGGCGUCAACGGCACCACCUCCUACCGCAUCGCCGAGAACCUGGCCUUCACACAGUCCGUCUACUACCUGGUCUACAAGUGGACGCUCAAGAUCCUCUACAAGAUCGCGCCGACGGUGGCCAUCACCUACCUGAACCUGCAGAUCUACUGGUCGUAUCGGCGCGUGUGCCGCAAGCGCCGCUCGCUGGUGCACAUGUCGCGCGAGCAGCGCGCACAGCAGACCGACGAGCACCGUCUGAUGAUGCUGCUCGGCUCCACGGCCACACUCUUCUUCUUCUGCAACUUGCCGAUGGUGGUGCUGAGUGUCAGCUUCAGCCAGUCCAUGAUGUGGUCGUAUCCAUUCCAGGUGUUCCGCGCCGUGUCAAACGUGCUGGAGAUCGUCAACUACUCGUUGACAUUCUACAUCUACUGUCUGUUCACCAAGGAGUUCCGCGACACCUUCUUCAAGACGAUCGGACUCCGUGAACACAGCAGUGUCAUGGUGCCCUCCAAGAGCUCCAAGACGGACGUUUGAUGGCACGCGCACGGCGCCGCGCGCCGGGCGUGGUCCCUCUAGCUGGUCUGAGAGCGCGUGAGCUAGAGGUACAGAUGCGUAGGUACAGAGGGGAUGCUGUGGAGGCUUGGGUUGGAGACAAAGUCGUGGAACGGUAUAGAAAGAGUGGUAUUAGUGGUUACGGUAUGGCUGGUACUGUUCAGAAAAAGUAUGGGGUGAAGCAAGGCUGCAGUUUCUGACGACCGGUGAAGUACUCGUAUGCGUGUGAGCAAGAAUAAUCAGAUACGACAUAAUCUCAUAAGUGUGUGAAUAGAUGUUGCACAUGACUCUACAUCAGCAUCUGAUGCGGCAUGAUAUAGGCUCUGGCCCAAAGUAUCACCGUACAUACCUAAUAUUUAUUGCCCAUUGUUCACUCUUGCCAUUCAUUUGUUUCAUGUUUGCAGAAAUAUGGAGUGACGCACCAAACUGGGAUGAUUAUCAGUCAUGUUUCAUUAGGCGAUUAAUGUCGGUGAUGGUCUCUGCGGUGUAUUAGUGUGACGUCACUCGCCAGUGUCAUCAUUUCUCGUUAUGGGGUAGCACUCAGUAAGCGUGCAUUGUUGCUAAAUACGCGAUUGGGAGUGUUUUCAUACUCGAACUGGUAGCAUAGAUCCGCGUUUUUCAAUGUAAUGUAUCAAUAUUAACGCGACAUUGACUAGGCGCGUAACCAAGCGCAUCGAUCAUUAUGGCUGAUACAAUGACUAAUUUGCAUCAAAACGUUCUCCAAAAUUAUAUUCAAGGUUGAUAAGGCACAUCAAGAUUGAUGAAAACAAAUAAGGCCCAUCUAGUGCACAUUUGAUGUGUUUGGAAUAACAGGUGUGCUCGUAUUUAUUGAUUUGAUCCUCGCUGUUUGUGUUUACAAGCCUUGUUUAUUUAUGCGAUGUUCUGAUCUCUGCAAUAUCGUUACCUCUCGAAUCGAUAUCAUCUCGCCGAUGGCGGCGCGCGCGCGUUUGUGUGAUGUGGUGUGAGUCAUGCGCUGACAAUCAGUGCCGGGCCGGCGCUGCCUGCGGUCUUGUGCCGUCUGGGCUGUCUCCGCCGUCCCCCCGGCGCAGUGUCAUCCUGACCGCCCGGUGUGCGCCUCCUGUGAGGCCCGGCGGCGACGACGCGGUGGUUGGCUAUUUUCGGGCCAGCACAGCACCGGCAUUGAUGGGAUUCUAUGUCGCGUGACCCGACAACCAUAACGUCAUCUGAUGAUAAACCAACAGGUAAC